AUGGAGCGUCAGGAGGUUCCAGUCAGUUUCCACAUCACAGGCGAUCGCUCGCCGAUCCCGCCGAUGGUGACGCCGAUGCCUUCCAAGGCGUUUUCCUACCCCGACAAGCCGACGGUGAGUCGCAUGUGCUCGGCGCCGAAGCACGCGGACUCGGUGAGCAGCAUCGCCCAGCGUCUGCACGCUGUGGAGCACUAUCAGUUCCGCGUCUCGGCGACCUGCGUAGUGCUCACCGUGGUGAACCUCUACGUGCUGCUCGAGCGCCUGGGGCUGCGCAAACUGAACCUGCUCCUCCAGCUCGGCUACAUCGCAGUCGGGCUCCGCGCGCUGCCAGCGCUAUGUGCAGCCUACAUGUGCUGGACGCGGCUGCCCGACGCGCCUCAGUUGCCCGCGACCCCGGCCAGCCAGCCAGCCGCUCCAGAGGUCGCGCCGCCCCGCGAGCGGCGCCGCGACGAGGAGCCUGAAGGGCGGAGCCCGAGACCGGCGCUAUCAUCGGAGCAGCAGCUGCUGCUCAAGUACCUCAGUCCGCGGGGCUUGGAAGCGGUGCUGGAGUCGCAGCGGCUCCAUCGCGAGUUUGCGCUCUGGACGAUUGGAGCUCUGCUGCUGCUGAGCCUCAGCGACCUGUGUCUCGGCUACGCAGACCUGCGGCCCUUGCUGCAUCUGAGCCAAGCCGCACUCCUCGCGAAAACCGGCGCGCGCCCCCCGGUGUUUGGGCCUUCGCCGCCGGGCGUCGCCGGCGGCGGAUUCGCCGUCUAUCCGCCGGCGCCGAGCCUCAACGCGAGCCCCCUCGGCGCGCUGACUGAGCAGCUCGCGCUGCUGGGCGCCUACGCGCUCAAGCCUGCGGCGGCUUUCUGCCUCCUCUGCGCCGCACAGGUCGGCGGCGGAGCGGCUGAACGGCCCGCCAGCGAGAAGGGAGACGCCGCCGGCGGGCACCGCGUGGGCUCGAGCGGUGCUUCCUUUUUGGCGCGAGAGGCCGGCGGCGGAGCCUCGCCUCCUGGGAGGCCGCUGCGCGCGCUGGUCUUGCACGGCGUCAUCCAGGUGCCUCUGUUUGCGCUCUCGUACCUCAUCCUGAUGCACUGUCCGUCGCUCGUGCGGUCGCCGCGCCCGGCGCUCUCUUCCGCCGACUCUGUGUCAAGCCCCUGCUUCGCGGCUGCAGUCGAGUGGCUCGCGCGUGCCUGCGCGGUCGCGACGCUGGGCGUCUUGGGGCAGAGCGCGGCCUGCGCGGCGAAGCGGGAGUUCUGUCGGGCGAGCCCUGGGCGCGCACCGCUGCAGCCGACUCUGGUUCGACGUCCCGCGCGCGUGCUGAUGCUUGUCGGCCUCGCGCUGCUCAUCUUCAGCGCCGCGGCGAACGCGCUGACCGCGUUCCUGCCCUACGCGCGCGGCCUGGAGCGCACCUCGUACGUCUGGUGGCUGCUGCUGCACGGAUCAAUCGAGGAGCGAACUGCGGUGUGCGCCGACGCCGUGACCUACUUCAUCGGCACCUUCCUGAUCGCCUCCUCCGCGACCACCUUCGGCGUGCAGAAUCACCUCCUUUCCCUCGCGUUGCGCGGGCAUCCAGUCGACGAGCGAGAGGAACUCAACAUCGGCUACGCCUCCGCACCCACCCUGCUCAUCGCUGGAAAGCCCGCGUUCCGCGCAGGCGCCACACACAAGACCGGCGAGAAAGGCCUCAAAGGCGACUGA